AUAUAUGUAUUAUAAUUUCUUUUUGUCUUUACAGAAUGCUUCCUAGGAUGAUUAAAAUUUUGGGUCAGUUCCAAGAUUUCAAUCUUCCAAUGUUUCAUUCAAACAUGAUUGUUUUACUUCUCAAUUGUGUAGUCUUCCAUGUUGAAGCACAAUCCUUAGGCAGCAGCACAGAUACUACUUCUGAGGAACAAUCUAGUUUUCAACCAGGUGUUCAUAUGGUUAUUGGUGUUCUCUCUGUCAUGUUUGCACUAACUUUUGCUCUCCUUGUCUAUGCUAAACACUGCCAUAGAGAAGCUCCUGUUUAUGGAAACAAUCACACGGGUACAAGACUUAUCAGCACAAGCUCUCGAUUUUCCGGUAUUGACAAGACAGUGAUUGAGGCACUUCCUUUUUUCAGAUUCUCCUCUCUUAAAGGGUCAAAGGAAGGUCUUGAAUGUUCAGUCUGCCUGUCAAAAUUCGAAGAUGUUGAAGUUCUCAGAUUGCUGCCCAAAUGCAAACAUGCUUUUCAUAUUAGCUGCAUUGAUCACUGGCUGGAAAAGCACUCAAGCUGUCCUCUGUGCAGACACAAGGUUAGUUCUGAGGACCUAACAUUCAUUACCUACUCAAAUAGCAUGAGGUUCUUGUGGAAUAACCAAUCAGAGCACCGACAAGACUCGAAUAUAGAGCUCUUUGUUCGGAGAGAGGAAGAGCAUCGUGGUUCUUCAAGAUUCAGCAUAGGAGGCAGCUUUCGAAAAUCCGAAAAGGUUGUUGAUAAGGAAGAGGAAAUGUUAAUCCAAGAAGAAGCUGCUGAUGAGACAGAGGAGGGUCAGAAAAUCCUGCACAAGCACAAACACAAAAUUGUUGUAUCUGACUUUGAGUUUAAGAACAGAUGGAGCAACGUGAGUUCCUCUGACCUCAUGUUCCUGAACUCAGAGAUGCUUAAUACAAUGUCAAGCAAUAGAUUCUCUUCAACACAUUUUAGUAAUGAGCAGUUUUCAACUGCGGAAACAACCGGGAAUGAGGACAUUAUGAAGAUUAGGGAGGAGAUGGGGAUGAAAAGAUUGUUUGAGAACAAAGUUAGUACAAUGAACAAAAACAGUACAGCUUCAAACCCAAUUUUACCUUCUACAUCAAAUGGCAUAGCAACUUCAGCUGAUGCCUCAAGUUCUAUGAAUCCAGGUGAGAAAAGAUCAAUGUCAGAAAUCACUGCUCUUUCAAGAUUUGGGAAUUUGGGUUUUAAGAACAGGACCAGGGAGCCUUCUUUGCUUGAAAACAAUGUGAAAGAGGAAAGGAGGAGGAGGCUUUGGUUGCCAAUUGCCAGAAGAACAGUCCAGUGGUUUGCCAACAGAGAGAAAAGGCCUCAACCGCCUUUAGAUGUGUAA